GGUUACCAUACCAACCCCCUCCCUCGAGAGACGCCGAGGGUUUUAGCCGCUGCUGCUACCGGCCGGUGUUCUUGAGGUCGGUCAGGUGAAGGAAUUGUACUGAGAGACGGGAGUCAGAGAGUCCGUUUCUUGUCUGCGGCGUAAAGGAGGAGAUUGGGUCCUUAAUUAAUUCGCUAGCUCGCCCGGCUCUUUGAAGAGAAACGGAUCACAGUACCCAUCCAGCUGAGAAGCCCACACCCCCCACUCACCACUCGCCGCCACCACAACCGGCACCUCAUGGACUUGCGGGCCUUCUACUUCCAGGCGGCGCAGGCGGCGGCGACGGCCACGGAGGACGACGACAUGACGCUGACACCCAAGCUCUUCCCCGGCGCAGGGCUGCAGCAGGAAGGCCAGAGCAGUGGCGGCGCCUCCCCGGUGGCGAUGGGGGUGAACAGCGACGUCACGGGAAGCGGCGCCGGCGCGCGCGACCUGAUCUGCCCCGAGUGCGGCAAGGCCUUCCCGUCGGACAAGGCCCUGUACGGGCACCUCAGGUGCCACCCGGGGAGGAGAAACAAGGGGACGAUCCGCCCGGCCACGCCGGUCGCCUCCGCUUCUUCUGUGGCCCGCGGAGACGCCAAGGCCAGGAAGGUGCUGUGGAUGGAGGAUGACCUCCCGACCAAGUGGCCGCUGACGGCCAAGCGCGGGCGCACUCCCACAGUGGCCACCUCCGUCAGCGUGCAGCCCGUGUCCGUGCUCGAGUCCACCUACAGCGCGGAGGAGGAGGCUGCCAACACUCUCCUCGACUUGUCCCAGCAGGCCCGCAACGCCGUUGCGGUUGCGGAGCAGAAGAUGGAGAUGAUACGGGCCGGUCAGCUCCAGCUACCGUCUGACCAUGUCGCCGACCCCGUCGCGUCGCCGGACCACGAGCAGCCUGUGGCUGUGGUACCAGACAUGGCCGCCGGCGCCGACGCGCUGCAGCACGUGCAGGUGCAGGAGCGUGAGUGGCCUGCGCCGGUGGAGCACAUCUUCGGCAUCAUCUUGCAGCCCAAGGCACCGGUGGUCGAGCCGUCCAGUUUCAUCGCAGCGUCGGAGCCUGUGAUUGUGAACAACUCUGCACUCGUCGUGGUCCGCGACGAGGACAAGACCAUCUCCCCCGGCGCCAAGAAGCCAAAGAAGCGACGGCUCCAUGAUCCAGUCAGCCAGAGUCCAGAUUCCUCUCAUCCGCCGCCACACCCACAUCCCGAGGACGUCAGGCCGCCGGUGAGGCGCAUCCCGUCGCCGGCGUCGGAUCGGAGGUACGCGUGCCCGUCGUGCUACAAGUCGUUCCCCACCCACCAAGCCCUAGGCGGCCACAUGGCGAGCCACAACAGGGCCAUCAGGUGCGCCGCCGCGCAGCAGGUGGACGGUCUCGCCGUGGCCCGGGCCGUGCAGAACAUCCUGGCGCAUCGCCAGCGCCAAGACGGUGCCAACGCCAGCGCCAGCGCCAGCCUGCACGACGGUGAGGAUCUCCAGAUCAGCCUCCGGCCGCCGAAGCCGGUGUCACACAUAUGCGUCCGGUGCCGUCAGAUCUUCGCCACCGGGCAGGCGCUUGGCGGCCACAUGCGGAAGCACUUCCUGGCGGAGAGGCUGCAGGCGGCCGCUGCUCCGCCUGCUCUAGCCGCAGCGGCGGCGGCUAUGGCCAUAGCUCCGCCUGCCCCGGCCGCAGCUGCAGCAGUGCCAGUGGCCCAAUAUGGGGCUCUCCGGGACUUUGAUCUCAACGAGAUGCUGCCGUGGGAAUGAUUUUGAGAGCUAGCUAAACCCUAGCCAGCCAUGGGAUAUUUGUCUGCAGCUUUGGAGUCUGAGCUACUAUACACAGCGUAAGCAUCAUGUGCCUGCUCCAAGCUAGUAGCAGUGUGUUUCAAUGUCAGUGUCAGUGUCUGUCAGUGUCAUUUUAAUUUUGGUAUGGUUUGUCACUAUUUAGCUAGUCCGUCCAUUCAUCUUGCUUGGAAAUGUAGAACUUGGGUUUUCCCAGUCGAUCCAUUCCAUGGUCUCUCUGGACACUGGAGAUAUAUAUAGAUCACCUGCAGCUGCAGGUAAAAUGCUUCUGAACACCGAUGUACACGCUAGCAAGACUGACAUGUCCGGCUUCGUUGGAGUUGAGAAUUUUGGAUAUAUAUACAUCCACUUAAUAUUGGUGUACUGUAGUUAAAUGAUUGUGAGGUCGAAAUGUAGUUCUUUCGGUCAGAGUUCUUUGUCGCCCCUAGUUUUUGUGUAAACAGUUCAUAAUAUUCUUGGUAAUGCAGGUUCACUAGAGUAAUCAAGCUGACUUCCUAUAUGUACAAUACAACCC